AUGACGAGUAGCUCGAAACAAGCCCAAGAUCAGCCUGAAACCAGCGAACCCACUCUGAAAUCGCUGAGAACCAAGAUGAGUAAAUCCGACGAAAAGAAGAAGCUUAAAGACAUAGAAAUAAGCGUUCCACUAGUGUAUGGUAAUAUUGCAUUCUGGCUUGGCAAGAAGGCUAGCGAGUAUCAAUCUCACAAAUGGUCAGUAUAUGUUCGUGGGGCAACAAACGAAGACAUCAGCGUCGUAGUUAAAAAAGUCGUCUUCCAGCUUCACUCCAGCUUCAACAACCCGACGAGAGUCAUCGAGGAGCCUCCGUUCGAGGUAACCGAAUCCGGUUGGGGAGAAUUCGAGAUCGCAAUGACAUUGCAUUUCCACAGCGACGUCUGUGACAAGCCUUUGAGUUUGUACCAUCAUUUAAAGCUAUACCCUGAGGAUGAAUCAGGUCCUCUAACAAUGAAGAAGCCUGUGGUUGUUGAAUCUUACGACGAGAUUGUGUUUCCUGAUCCUUGUGAUGGUUUCUUAGCGAGAGUUCAGAAUCACCCGGCUUUGACGUUUCCUAGAUUGCCUUCCGGUUACAAUUUGCCUCCUCCUGUGCAAGGAGAAGAUAGUGGGAAGAAGAAGAGAGGUGAUACUAAAGAUCAUAGUUUGGGACAGUGGUUCACGAGCUUCUCUGAAGCAGAUGAGUUGUUACAGCUCGCGGCUGCUCGUCAACAGGUUCAAGCUCAUAUUGCGAAACUCAGGCGGCAAAUAAGUUUGCUUGAGGGACAGAAUCAGACCAUCAAAACAGGGUCUGAUCCUUGA